AUGACGACAACAAGGAAAAAUUCUCUGAUAUAUUCACCUGGAGGUGAAAUUUUUCGACGAAUUUCAACUAGUUCUCGUGGUGCUGGAGUGGCUGACGCUAUAGCUCAAGCUACUUUUAAUGAAAAAAAGUGGGUCUGGGUUGAGGAUAAAGAAGCGGGAUAUGUCGCCGGUUACAUAACGAAGGAAAUGGGCGAACAAGUGGAAAUCCACUUUAAUGAUAAUUUGUCUCGCAUUGUUAAUGUGAGCGAAACAGAAAAAAUGAAUCCACCUAAAUUUGAUAAAGUGGAAGAUAUGGCCGACUUAACUCAUCUAAAUGAAGCAUCCACAUAUUCAGGACUUUUUUUGGUAGCAGUCAAUCCUUAUCACCCGCUUCCAAUAUACACGGAUCAAAUAAUUCGAUCUUAUAAAAAUAAACGACGGCAUGAAAUGCCUCCUCAUAUUUAUUCAAUUUCCGAUGCAGCUUAUCAUGAUAUGUUACAAGAACGCGAAAAUCAAUCUAUUCUUAUCACUGGUGAAUCAGGCGCAGGAAAAACCGAAAAUACUAAAAAAGUUAUUCAAUAUAUAGCUACAAUAGCUAGUGAAAAUGUUAACACCAAGAAAUACGGUAGACUUGAACAACAAAUCCUUCAAGCCAAUCCAAUAUUAGAAUCCUUUGGAAAUGCUCAAACAAUCCGAAAUAAUAAUUCUUCUCGUUUUGGUAAAUUUAUUCGCAUUGAAUUCAAUUCUGGCGGCCAAAUUUCUGGUGCGAAUAUCGAACGAUAUUUGUUGGAAAAAUCGCGUGUUACUUUUCAGACGGCCGAGGAACGAAAUUUUCAUAUAUUUUAUCAGCUAUUGAGAGGAGCUUCACCCACGAUUAAAAAUAAAUUUCUCUUGGAUGGUUCGCUGGAUGAUUAUAAGUUCAUAAAACAUUCUGCGAAAGAUAUUAAUGGUGUGAACGACGCUGCUGAAUUCGAAACGCUUGUGGGCGCUAUGGAUGUUGUCGGCAUUUCACAAGAUGAGCAAGUUGAUCUUUUCCGUAUAAUAGCUUCAAUUCUUCAUCUUGGAAAUAUUGAAGUUACUUCUGGACGAGAUGAUCAAGCACAUAUUAUGGAUAUUUCUGUAGCAGAAAAAGUUUGUCAUGUACUGGGCAUCCCUGUAGAUGCUUUUAUUAAAGGACUUAUUAAGCCUCAAGUAAAGGCAGGCCGUGAGUGGGUUGCUCAAGCUAGAACCAAGGAACAAGUUUUAUAUUCAAUCGAAGCUUUGGCAAAAGCUUUAUAUGAGAAAAAUUUUGGUGCAUUAGUCGAAAGAAUUAAUAAAGCGAUUGACACACCUUCAAAUAAGGCUUAUUUUAUCGGUACAAAUGGAUUUGAACAAUUAUGUAUCAAUUAUACCAACGAAAAACUUCAGCAAUUUUUCAAUCAACAUAUGUUUGUAUUGGAACAGGAACAAUACAAAACCGAAAAAAUUGAAUGGGAUUUUAUUGAUUUUGGUUUGGACUUACAACCAACAAUUGAUUUAAUCGAAAAAGUUAAACCUGUUGGUAUAUUGGCUUGUCUGGAUGAGGAAUGUGUUAUGCCUAAGGCUUCAGAUAAAACAUUUGUUGAGAAAUUGAACAUCAUUUGGAAGGACAAAUCACCUAAUUAUAGUGUUCCGCGAUUUCAACAAGGGUUCAUUCUAAAUCAUUAUGCUGCAAAAGUGGAAUAUACAACGUCUGGUUGGCUUGAUAAGAAUAAAGACCCUCUUAAUGAGAAUGUUACAAAACUUUUAGCGCAUUCUUCACAACCAUAUAUAGCAUCACUCUUUUCUGAUUUCCUUGGUGAUACUACGGAUUAUGGCACAAAGAAUCGUGCCAAACGUGGAGCUUUUCGUACCGUAGGUCGUCGACAUAAGGAGCAGUUGCAUUUAUUAAUGCAACAACUUUAUUCGACACAUCCUCAUUUUGUUCGUUGUAUUAUUCCUAACGAGGAAAAACUGGCAGGAAAGAUUCAUGUACCACUUGUUCUUGAUCAAUUAAGGUGUAAUGGUGUUCUGGAAGGAAUCCGUAUAUGUCGUGUUGGAUUUCCUAACCGAUUAGGUUUUGUUGAAUUUAGGCAAAGAUAUGAAAUUUUAGCUCCAGGAAUUCUUCCGGAAGGUUAUAUUAAUGGAAGAGAUGCUGUACAGAAAUUGUUAGAAGUUUUUCAACUUGAGAAUGAUCAAUAUCGUCUUGGUUUAAGUAAAGUUUUUUUCCGUGCUGGUAUGUUGGCUGAAUUGGAGGAAAUACGAGACGCAAAAUUAUCCCUCGUGUUUACAGGAUUUCAAGCACAUUGCCGGGGAAAACUUUCACGCAAGGAUUACAGAAUUCUUUCAAAAAAAACUCAAGCCGCUCUUGUUAUUCAAAGGAACGUACGAGCCAUUAACAGUCUUAAACAAAAUAAUUGGUGGAAGCUUUAUUACCAAAUUAGACCAAUGUUACCAAGUAGAAAAGAUGAACAAAUUAGAUUAUUAAAAGAACGCAUAAAAGAAUUGGAAGAAAAUCUGCAAUAUGAAAUACAAGAGAGACAACGAAUGGAAUCAAUUAAUACACAAUUGAGUGCUGAAAUGGCGACUCUAGAAGGACUUUUUCAUCAUGAAAGGUCUCUUUCACUUGAGAAGGAUGAAUUGAUGCGAAAAUUUAAAUUUACAGAAGAACCUGAAGAUAUUGAUAAUGAAUCUAACUAUACCAAAACAAAUGAUCAAAUAAUUGAACUUGAACAAACCAAUCAAUUGUUGCAAGAGGAACUUGAAGAAAUGAAAAAUAGAUAUGAGAAUGAAGUUCAAGAGAGAAAGAAAGAUAAGGUUAAGUUAGAUAAUAUAGCAUCUAAACUUGACGCAGCACAACUUUUCAGAAUCAAAUCAGAAACUAUUGAAGGAUCAAUGAAGCAUCAGAUUGGUAAACUUGAAAUUUCAUUAAAAGAUAUUACUAAUGAGUUAAAUAUUUCCCAAGAAAAGGUUCAAUCUCUUAAGAUGCAUAUUAAAGAAUUGGAAGCAAAGGCUGAAAGUGAUGCUAUGGAAAUUGCAGAUUUUGGAUUAUUUCAACAAAGGAUACAGGAAAAUUUUCAAGAAGAAAGAGAAAAAUAUAGGAAAGAGAUUGAAGAUGUACAAUAUGCGCUUGAGCAAGUUAGGAAAAAAUAUGAAGUUGAAACGGAUAAACUUAAUGAGGAAAUUGAAUCGGAUAGAGUUAAUAUGCUAAAUCUUCAAGAAGAGAAUAAAACAUUAUCUUUGGAACUUAGAGAUUUAUUAACAAAUAAUUCCAAGAAUUAUCCGAUAUUAAUUGGAAGUGAACGAGAAAGAUUGGAAGCGCAAAUUUCCGAAUUAAGUCAAUUAAAUAAUGAUUUAUCAGCUUCUAAUGAUGAACUUCAAACACAAAUUAAUAAUUUAUUAUCUGAAAUGAGCCAAUUGAGAACUACAUUGGAAGAGACUGAAUCACAUAAAAUAUUGUUGGAAAAAUUGAAAAAGAAUCUUGAAGACAGACUUGAUGAAAUUCAUGAACAAUAUCAUGACGCUAGUCAAAUUAAACGCGUAGCAGAGAAAAAUUUAUCAACUUUAGAUAAAGAAGUUUUUGAUCUGAAACAAUUGGUUGAAGAACAUCAAGAUACUGCUAAUGUCUUAAAUGAGAAAUUGAGAAAAGCUGAAGCCAGUUUGGUUGAUUUUCAAACUGAACUUGCAAAAGAAAAAGAAGAGAAUCAAGAAUUAACCAAGUCAAAGAUGAUACUGGAAAAACAGGUUACUGAAUUGAAUGUUAGAAUAACAGAAUUCGAAAGUAGAUUAUUGACUUCACCAAAAAAUUUAAAAAGACUUGAAACAAGACUUGAAGAAUUAACGCUAGCAUUAAAUAAUGAAACAAACGAAAAGAAUGAAAAUUUAGGCAAUUUGCGUAAAGCCAAUAGAACAAUACGUGAAUUACAAUAUCAGCUUGCUGAACAUGAUAAAUUAAAAUUAAGAUUUGAACAAGAAAUUUGCAAAUAUGAACAGAAGGUUGGAAAAAUGAGAGAAGUAAUUGAAGAAUUUCAAAGCUCUGAAAGUUCUUUACAAUUGGAACUUGAGAAAACGAAAUCACGUCUUGGAAGAAGAAAUUCUAUUACUUCUAUAUAUUCAUCUGCAUCAUCUGCAUCAUCUAAUUAA